GUCUUGCGUUUAACCACACACUCGCUGGCACCCAAAUCAUUAUCGAAUGAGUUUGAACUCUGGUAUACUCUUCCCUGUCUGUUGUAAACUGUAUGGUAAUAAAACCUGUUUCCUCUCUCUCUCACUUUGCUCUUUCAUGAAGAAAAAUUGAUCCUUUCGCGUUCAUAUUACGUGCGUCAUAAGAUUUCUUGAAGAAAAAUGCUCAAGCAUUGAAAGAAAAUUACAAUGAAAUCUUGGUUACCAGCAUAGGAUCUGAGCUGGAGUUCUUGAUUCUGGUGGUGGUUUUGGAAUCUGGGAUUAAAUAUUGUGGCUAAAUUUUGUCAAAGUUUGGUGUUGUUUGAAGAAAUUCAGCAUAUAGAUAUAGUUACUGGUUUCCUUGUUAUCGGUUCGCCAGAAUGUCAAGCUAUAUUGGAGUUCUUGUCUCGGAUCAGUGGCUUCAAAGCCAGUUCACGCAAGUUGAGCUUCGCAGCCUCAAGUCUAAAUUUAUAUCAAUAAAAAAUCAAAAUGGGAAAGUUACCGUGAGAGAUUUGCCACCUUUGAUGGUGAAAUUGAAGGCUUUUAGUACCAUAUUCACAGAGGAGGACAUUAAGGGAAUCUUAGCAGAGUCAUAUUCUGAUGCAAGCAGUGAGAUCGAUUUUGAAACUUUUCUCGGGGCAUAUCUGAAUUUGCAAGGUCAACCUUCCACAAAAUUGGGCAAUGCGAAGAACUCUUCAUCAUUUCUUAAGGCUACCACGACCACACUUCUUCACACAAUUAGUGAAUCCGAGAAAGCAUGUUAUGUUGCUCACAUAAAUAGCUAUCUUGGAGAUGAUCCUUUUCUGAAGCAGUUUCUUCCCUUAGACCCAGCUACAAAUGGCUUAUUUGAGCUUGCAAAAGAUGGAGUUCUUCUAUGUAAGCUAAUCAAUGUUGCUGUGCCCGGAACAAUAGAUGAACGAGCCAUCAACACAAAACGGGUACUUAACCCAUGGGAGAGGAAUGAAAAUCACACUCUGUGCCUCAACUCUGCAAAGGCUAUUGGCUGUACAGUGGUUAACAUUGGUACACAGGAUCUGGUUGAAGGAAGGCCUCAUCUGGUAGUCGGAUUGAUUUCCCAAAUUAUAAAGAUCCAACUGUUAGCAGAUCUCAACCUUAAGAAGACACCUCAACUUGUGGAAUUGGUGGAAGACAGCAGUGACGUUGAGGAGCUUAUUGGAUUAGCCCCUGAGAAAAUCUUACUAAAAUGGAUGAAUUUCCAUCUGAAAAAGGCUGGAUACAAGAAGCCUGUCACUAAUUUUUCUUCUGAUUUGAAGGAUGGUGAGGCUUAUGCUUACCUGCUUAAUGUUCUUGCACCAGAACACUGUAGUCCAGCCACAUUAGAUACAAAAGAUGCCAGUGAAAGAGCUAAACUGGUACUUGAGCAUGCUGAGAAAAUGGACUGCAAACGAUAUUUAACCCCAAAAGACAUAGUUGAGGGAUCAGCAAACUUGAAUCUUGCAUUCGUGGCACAAAUAUUUCAACAAAGGAGUGGCUUGUCUAUGGACAGCAAAAAGGUUUCAUUUGCGGAGAUGAUGACAGAUGAUGUGCUAACAUCUAGAGAAGAGAGAUGCUUUCGACUAUGGAUUAACAGUCUUGGAAUUGCUACAUACUGUAAUAAUGUGUUUGAGGAUGUCAGGACUGGAUGGAUUCUUCUAGAAGUGUUGGAUAAAGUUUUCCCCGGAUCAGUUAACUGGAAGCACGCAACAAAGCCUCCAAUUAAGAUGCCAUUUAGAAAAGUAGAGAAUUGCAAUCAAGUUGUACGGAUCGGAAAGCAAUUGAAAUUUUCCCUAGUGAAUGUAGCUGGAAAUGAUAUCGUUCAAGGAAAUAAGAAGCUCAUACUUGCCUUCCUAUGGCAGUUGAUGAGAUAUACUAUGCUUCAACUGUUGAAAAACUUGCGAUCCUGCUCCCAAGGGAAGGAGAUCACCGAUGCAGAUAUCCUUAACUGGGCAAACAACAGAGUCAAAAGUACAGGCAGAACUUCUCAAAUGGAGAGCUGCAAGGAUAAAAGUCUGUCGAGUGGAUUAUUCUUCCUCGAGCUUCUAAGCUCCGUGGCGCCAAGAGUGGUCAACUGGAAUCUUGUCACCAAGGGUGAAAGUGACGAGGAAAAGAGGUUGAAUGCUACAUACAUAAUCAGUGUGGCUCGAAAACUGGGCUGUUCGAUUUUCUUGUUGCCUGAGGACAUCAUGGAGGUAAACCAGAAGAUGAUCCUCACAUUAACUGCCAGCAUUAUGUACUGGAGCCUUCAACAACAGGCGGAAGAGGCAGAAUCGUCAUCCUUCUCCUCACCUGCACCGUUGCCAACCACAGCUAACAGCCACAGUUUGGCUUCUUCUGAGGCAUCCCCAGCUAAUGGCCACAAUAUGGCUCCACCGGAAGCAUCCCCAGCACCAUAUAUCAGCAGUGAAGACGAAAACCCUCAUCACCGGGUGCUGAAUUUUCAAACUUGAUCAUCAUCAAUGCCGCUUCCUCUCUGGGUGCUGAAGUUUCAAACCUGACUGACGAUAAUGAGGAUGCGCCUAUCGGAUAAUGAACAGAGAAUACUUCCAGGCAGAAGGACUAGAUAGAAAUGAUAAGAAAAAAAUGAACAAAUUUACGGUUAGGUAAAACAUGUAUCUCUUUUACCCUAUCUGGAAAUUACAGGGGAAAGAAUUUUGUGAAAUUUGGUAUGCUUUAAGAAAGAAAGUGAUGCUGCCAAUAUUUCUUUUACGGUAGAAUAUUUUGGAUGUAUUCUUUGACAAUAAUAGCAUUUGAUAAAGCUGCCAUUGGUGAAUCAGAAUCAACAAAAUAUUUGAUUUAUACA